GUAUAAAGUCUGAUAUGCGGAGAUGCGGGGAAAUAACGCUUGUUGGGCUGCACGGGUCAACACACGUAGAUGGUACGAGCUGGUGAAGAUUGGAUGUUUGGUUCAAGAUGUUCGAUGUUUCUUCUCAUUGGGUAUUUCUGUUGUUUUAGCUCGAGCGAAAGGUGUGACCAUAUAUCAAGGUGCCUGCUAGGAGACAGAAGAUAAAUAUCGACAGCAGGAAACAUUGAAAUGCUAUGGAUUCUCAGUUGAGGGAAGAUGGCCGGGCUACAGAAAAUUCUCAAGGGAACGGCAAUGGUAACGGAUCCUUGGAGGUUGAAUAUAGUGUGUGAUUCAUUAAGCGCUCUACAUUUAUAUAUAAUGUACGUACGUGAAAGUGUAGAAUUGGACUGAUGGUACGAUAGAUGGCAGUGGAGAUACGCAACAACAAGAAAACUAUGCGAGAAUAGCAAGAUUCAGAUGCACGAGUUGCGAACAAACAUUUGGGAGAAUAGAACAUCUAACGAGACAUGAGAAGAGUCAUACAAAGGAGGGAUGGCUGAGAUGUGAAGCUAGGGGGUGUGGGAAAAGUUUUUAUCGGAUUGAUGCUUUACGUCGACAUGAAUUGGUUCACAAGAAAGCAAAACGAAGUUUGCUAGGAAGAGGAGCUAGAGCUUGUUCGGCUUGUGCACUAGCAAGAAGAAGAUGUAGUGGGGGAAAGCCUUGCGAGGCAUGUGUGAAAAGAUCACUUGAGUGUACUUUUCCUUCAUCGUCUGGUGCUAUGGCCAACGAAAGACGUCGAGGAUCCAAUGGGUUAUACGACAAAGUUUCAAAUGAAAUGGGCUUGGUUGAAAAUGGUCGAACUGGGGAAGGAAUCACGAGUCCGCAAUCUCCAGUUUCAUGGUCACAUGUUGAUUCACCGCUCAAUCCGCAAAUGAAUACUAGAUCUUCGAUUGGUAAUUACCGUUCAGAGUUUGGGAUGGAGAAUCUGGAUGUUGCUAGUCAACAGAUGAAUAUGCAAAUUAUGGGUUCUGGUAUUCAUCAACCAUUCGGUCAAUUUUCUCCGCCAAACCACCCAACAGGAAAUCACAUGUCCGAAGAUGCUCGCGUAAACUCGACUACAUCUCGUAACCAUCAAUCAACUUCGUCUUCGAUGCUACCCCUCCACUCAAUUAUGGACCUUGAUGAAGCUGCCAACUCGUUAUUGGUUGGAACGAGUCAGCCUUCACAUCAGCUACAUAUCCAAGAUACAGGUCUUUCUGAAGGUUUGCCAGAAAGUGCUGGUUCUUGGACCCAAUAUAAUGUAUCAUCCAUCAACUGGCUACCUUACGAUUGGGCUCCGGACUAUCAACUAGAUGAUGAUACAGUGAGAAUGAUUGAUGAUGGGGCAGAUCUGAAUGGCUCAUCGCCUAUUAAUGUCCCAGGAGAAUCUAUGCGAAGACCUACAUAUUCAACCAACACGACAAUUUUUACACCGUCUCCACAAACCCAAGCGCAACUGCAUAUGGAUAAUUCUCCUAAUCCAACAAUAUCUAGUGAAGGUGCUUCAACAAGUCCUCACUCUUUGACUACACAAAGCACGGGUAGAUACUAUGUUGAUGGGCAUGGCUCAAGAUUACCUCGUAUUCGAAAAGCUCCAUCCGAGACUGCCAAUUCAUGUCCAUCAAUAUCUCAUGCCUCGGUCGAUGGUUUGAACGGGAGAUUUGCUUUCCCAGUCGAUGAUACCAAUGACCAUUCCUCGGAUUAUAGACAGUUACCACAUGAAAUCUACAGCAUUAUUCAAGAUGCUUUCGAAAAAACAUGCAUCGAGAACUCGCCAUAUUUCACACCAUUCCAAUAUACACGAUUCCCAUCAGUGCAUAAACUGAGCCGCUUUAUAGCUCACUAUGUCGACUCUUUCCACCAAACAUUACCAUUUACUCACUUGCCAUCUUUCAAUAUUUCAACUUCUCAUUGGCUUUUUCUUCUGGCUAUGGCGGCCGUAGGAAGUCAUUAUCAUGGUAAUGGAAAUUAUGCAAAACCCAUGCAUGAAUUUCUCCGACGCGCAAUAAUGUCAGUCAGCAAUGAUGGGGAUUCGAGGUGUGCGAAAGUAAUGAUGAUACAAAUUAAACUUCUAAACUGUGUGGGCAUGAUGUAUUGCGGUAGCGAUGAGUUAUCACAGGCAGCGAAAUCGUAUCACAGGGAUCUUAAUGAUUUCUGUUGUAGUGAAUGGAAAACUUUGAAUCAAAUACCGAGAACUGCAGUGUCACAGACAAGUUCAAAUGAUACGGAACAGGCUAAUAGAGAAUGGAAAGAAUGGUAUGAUGCGGAAAGUAUACGAAGGACAGGUUAUUGUAUUUGGCUCCUAGAUAGCAUGUGGUACUUCCACUUUCAAGUUCGCCCCAGCUUAUCACUAGAUGAUAGUUCGGUAUCCUUACCGUGCCAGGAAGUUUUGUGGGAAGCAGAAUCGGCAAUUGAAUGGCAACAACUUCUCAGCUGUUCUUCAUCAAGCUCUACCCUCCACAACGCCCUCCAGCGGAUGUACACCGAAAAACGGUUACUGUCCUCCACGGGUGAAUUCUCCCGCAUCCUUCUCAUCCAUGGUCUUUUCCGACGUACCUGGGAAGUCUCAAACUACCUCUCACAACCCCUCACCCAAUGGACUCCUGCCGCCUCAAAAUUACCCUUCCAGCACACCACCUCGAUUCCCAUUUGGCUACCAGGUAUCCAAACAUAUACAAAUUGGCGCAAUUCCGCAUGCGAUUGUUUGGAUAUAUUACACUGGCAUGCAAAUAGUGUCAUUGGAGCUGCAAGUGGCAUGGAACAUCCCACCGUUCUGCAUUUACAUUUAGCGAGGGUGGUGCUUCUCACUCCUUUUCUACAUAUUCUCAAACUGGCAGAAUACCUCGCCUCUUCACAAACCACUCCAAUUUCACAUUUGGGCGAUCCAGAUCAAGAGAUCGAGGACGAGAUCCUCCAAUCACGCAGUUAUGUAAAAAGAUGGGCGACAGAAGAUCAGCACAAAGCACGUUUAGCAAUCAUUCACGCAGGCGCGCUUUUUUGGCACGUGAGAAGAUUUAGUAUCGAUGCAUUUUACGAGGCGGAGGCUGUUUAUCUAGCGACGUUGGCGCUUUGGGCUUAUGGCCUAUUUGCGGAAUGUAAAGGCGGUGUUUAUCGUAGUGAAAGGAAUGGGGAGAGAUAUAGUAAUACGAGAGAUGCGCUGGAAAAAGUAGAUGGGGAAAGACGAACGGAAAGAGAAGAAAGGGAUGAGGAUGAGGAGGAGGAAGAAGAACAGUUUUAUAAUCCGUAUCCGAGCUCGAUGCAACUUGAUCGGCCGGCGGACGAUGAGCUGGUACAGCUUUUUGUGAAGAGGGGUCAGGGGAUGAGGGCGCUGGUUAUGGGGGUGGGGAAUUUGUGUGCGGGGGAGGGGAAGGGCGCGAGGAGGAUGUUGGGUGAGGGGAGGAGGGUUUUGGAUGGGUUGGGCGGGCUGAGGUGGGGGGUGGGGGGGAGGCUGGGGGAGAGCUUGGGGAGGAUGAUGGGGGGAGGGGGGGUGGGAUAGGAUGGGAUAGGAUAGGAUAGGAUAGGAUAGGAUAGGAUAGGAUAGGAUAGGAUAGGAUAGGAUAGGAUAGGAUAGGAUAGGAUAGGAGGGAAGAGUGGUAAUUUGAAGAGGUUUUUGAGAAUGGAAAUGAGAAUAAGAGGGAGUCUGGGUUAGAAGAAAUAGGGAACGGAGAACUCAUAGCGUCUCGCGAGCGGAUUAUAAUUUAUUUGAUCCACUGGAGUGAGAUGGAUAGAUAGGUGGACAGACAGAUAUGAGGGAGGUACCGUUGAAUCGAUUUGUGAUUUGGAUGUUUUGAAAGCUGAUUACAUUGGAGAUAUUGAAACUUUGGUAUGUAUGUAUAUGAGAAGAGAAGAGAAGAGAAGAGAAGAUUACAGGCAAUGUUGUAUCUAAGUUGUAUUGUAGGUCCUGGCUAGUUGAUAAUAAUGUAUUUUGUCUGUUUAGAGUGAGUGAGCGAGUGAGCGAGCGAGCGAUGUAUGGGAAGA